GCCGCCCGGCAACUCGUUCGCCCGAAAGUGACCUUGCAGAAAGAUGGCGAGUUCGAGGGUGGCGAGUUCUGGGAGGCACACGAGGAGCUGUUGAAGCGUGCCUGGCAGGAACAUGGACCGCUUCACGCUGACUUGUACAACUUUGGCCCCGUCUUUGAACGCAGAUACCUGAGCCCCAAGCUGCGCGCUGCAGUCCGGCUGGCACGGGAAGAAGGCCGAGAGGAGGCGCUGCAAGGGCUUUUCGAGGAGAUCUUGCCCGGUGUGUUUGCCAGCGAAGAUCUCUUCACUGCGGCCUUUCGCAAGGACUUCUUGGAAGAGCUCGAGAGAAUCAAUUCCGCUGGCAUACCAACAAGGAGGCCGAACGGAAUGAAUAGAUACGGAGUGAUUCUAGACCAAGUCGGAUUCGAGAAGGCCUUAAACG